AUGCCCCUUGGCACUCGUCCUUCAUCCUCGUCGUCCUUCGCUCUCUUGACUUGUGUGCUUUUCUGGUCUGUCGCCUCUUGCUCGCCCGUUGAGCAAAAAGAAACAACAAACGACCUGCCAGCCCGCGGCUUGCCAAACAGCUCCAAGUAUCUACCUGUCCAGAUCGGCGGCAUUGUUGCGGCAUACGGAGUCUCCUUGGUGCUGGUCGCCAUCCUCUUACUCUCGCUCUCCAAACGACGCAGGGAACAUCUCCGGGGGAGUGACCUGCCGCCCAGCUACAUCCUACAGCCAAGCUUUCCGCAUCCCGACGGCCAAGUCGUUGUUCCUCCCCUCAUCAUCCCCAAGGCGGAACACUACCAGCCCGGCCCCUACAGCGCCCGCAUCUUCGAUCCAAACAGCGUCCCGGCACCGUACUUCGUGCCGUCGCCAUCUUCUUCGUCUGUCGUCCCGACCACUCUUGGAGUCUCGCCACUUGUCGACCAGUCCAUUGUCGCAGCAGACAGAGCCAUGGCGCAACAACAGCUGGAGGAGAUGUACAAGUACGUCAUGGAGCACGAGGAGGCCAAGCAAAAGGGCAUCAUCCUCGAGUCUCCCGUGGCGUCUCCCAACCCUCAGCGCGAGUCAGCAGCGUCCGACAAGUCCAAGGGUCUUUUGUCCAAGAAGGGCAAGUCCAAGCCCUCGAGCCUGAACCUGGCUGCGGCCAAGGAGGAAAAGUCUCAGUCAAAGACAUCAGCGCUCUUCUCGUCGCUCCUCUCGCCCAAGAAGAAGACGGCCAAGGGCAUUAGCAUUUCGUCUCCCAUCAUGACGCCCAUGUCCGGCACCUUCCCGCAGCACGAGUCCCGAGAGAUGAGCGCCAUCCCACCGAGACACUACGCUCCCCCCCCUCCUCCGCCUAUCCCGACGGACCAGGUGCCUUUCGGUGCCACCAACACCAGGUCGGGUGCCCCCAUAACCCCUGAUAUCUCACCCCAGAGCGUUCAAACCAUUGACGAGCGCAUCGGGGCCUCCCUCGACCGUGCCAACCGAUCGAGGACGACUCUGCCGUACCCUGAGAGAGAUCCCGAGUCUGCUACCUCGGAGAACUCGCAAUCUCCCCUCGUUGGUCUCCCGUCUUCGCCCCGACCCGGCAGCACGUUUCCCUCAUUGCCGUCUUCGCCACGACCCGGUGCCUCCUUCUCGCGUCCCAACCCUCCCUCUGCGGUCCGAACCGGCGGAACGCUCCCUCUUCGUGCCUACGAGGAGCAGCUCGGCUCGCCGUACGUCACUGCCCAGACGACGAAGCAGACCGUCUUUGAGCGAACCGGCCCUCUGUCGCCAGGCGGCGGCAGGACUCCCUUUACCGGAACCGCAGUGCCGUACUCUCCGUAUCAGCCGUUUACUCCUUGCGUACCCAUCACCCCCGGCUUGGUGACCAAGGAAGACCGCAAGCGCAUGAAGCGCAUGGUUCCGAAGACGCCGACCACUGAGCUGGUUAAGAGCUCCGAGGAGAUCUGGUAA